CUCUCUUUCUCUCUCUCCGUCUCCCACUCUCCCUACCUCUCUCUCUCUCUCUUUCUCAUUUAAGAAUGAGUGAUGAACGGAUAUUGAAAAUAAGUGUAACUGGUUUAUGAAGUCGUCAUUUUGUAUAUUUCAAAAAUAAAGUUGAGGAUUAAUUAUCGGUUUUUUUAAAUGGAUUUAACAUAUUUCAUUUUCGUUGACAAAGAAAUUCACUCAUUGGUACUUUUUUUUUAAUUGUAGUGGCUAAACCCGGAUAAAAAUAAUCAAACGAGAGAAAAAAGGAGAAAAUAUGGGAAAAGGGGAUAACAAACUCGGUCAAGAGUUAUUGGCAGCUAUACAAGAUGCUAAUCUGGAAGACGUCCGCCACAUUGUCGAUCAGAAGAUAAAAAAGAAAGACAAGGUACAAUUUUUCUGUGUUAAGGAUGGAGAAGAAAGGAUGCCGAACGAUUACGAAACAGCAGUUUUAGCUGCUGCGGAAUGCGAAAAUAGUGAAAUUCUUCGCUUCCUUAUCGAUUCAGGCGCUUGCGUUAAUUUUGUUAGCAAGGAGCUGAUUAAAGGAAAAAUUCAUCUCCGAACUCCGUUACACGUUGCAGUAGAAAAUCAUCUUUACGAUAAUAUGGAAUUGUUAUUGGACGCUAACGCUCAUGUAAAUGAGCCUGACCAUUACGGAAAGACAGUUUUGCAUUUAGCGGUCUUAAAAGCAGAUUGUGGGGCUACUAGAAUGCUCCUUUGUAGAGGAGCAAAUGUUCAUCAAGUUGAUUCGAAUGGCAUUAGUCCAUUGCAAAUUGCUUGCAAAUACGGUCAUGUUGAAUUAGUGAGAAUAUUACUGGAACACUACGCUCAGGUGUUCUCUCUGCUCCAAAGAGGUCCUUCCGCUUUACAUAUUGCUGCUCAGGAAGGUCAUAUACCGGUUAUUGACAUGCUUUCAAGAUCUGUAGAUGUGAAUAUCAAAAUGGCAUGUUGGGGUGAUUUGGAGGAGAAAGCUGCCAUACAUUUAGCCAGUGAAAGAGGUCUUAUUGAAACAGUACGAUUUUUAGUUGAAAGAUACCAAGCUGAUAUUCAUGUCGAAGAUGGCUUUGGUAAUACUCCCCUCCACUGCGUCCUCAUACAACGUCACGACUACAAGAGAAUGAGGAGGAAAGAGGAUUUUGAUUUGUUAGCGGACUAUUUGUUAAAGAAAGGUGCCGAAGUUCAAGCAAAGAAUGUUCACGGGGAUACUCCGCUUCAUCUAGCUGCAAAAAAUGGUUUUCAUAAAAUAGCUGAACUUUUACUAAGAUCAAGAGCAAAUCCAUCCGAUAGAAAUAAGGAUGGAAAGAGUGCCGCGAAAUUAGUUCCUCUUCACGAUAAGGCAAUGCAACAAACGUUCAAAAAAUUCCAGUUAACUGGAUCGCCGCUUCAUUUUCCGUCAUCAGCCAAUUCUAGUCCAGGUUUAUCGAUCAGGUCGCAUUCGUCUCUAUUCGAAGAAGACAGUUUUAGAAGGAAAAGAUUAAACUGUUCCCCCAAUCGACGUUUACAAUGUAGCUUUGAUGAAGAGUUUUGUCCUUCAGCACCGCCUUCUUAGAAAUGGUAAAAGAGAGAAAAAAAGAAUACAAUUCGAAUAAGGACGAAAACAAAUAAACCCAUCGAAGUACUCGCUCUAUGAUUUCGUUAUAGAGAAACCUCUCGAGUAUUUACAGUAUAUAUUUUGUGUACAACGUAUAAUAUGUAUCAGUGCAUAGGAAUAUAUACAUGUUUUUAUAUAUGUAUAAUCUGAUAUAUACAAUGUAUGCAUAUACAUAUAUAUAUACUGUAUAUACAGUAUACAUGUCUGCAUAUUUAUUAUAUACCGAUAUUAUGUAUUUUAUUGUUAAACUUUGCAGUUAGCUCUCUCGCCUGUUUACUAAAAAAAAUGCACAUCCAAUAGAAGAGAAUUUUUUUGGUUUAGAUGUUCUAUUACACAAAAAUGUUAAGGGAAGAAUCAUUUCCGAUCCAAGUUGAUAAGGGUUGAAUUUCUGUUUCAAUUAGCUUUUUUAAAAUGUAACGGCUGCGUGUUGGAAACAUCUUUUUAUGUAAUAUAUAAUAUUGUGUAUAUUUUAAUGAAGCCCUAAAUUUAUAGCUUAUAAAAAAGGAGAGCUGGAGAAGGUUACCCUCUAGUUGACUAGCGUUAUACAGCAGCAUCACUUAGUAGUUACUAAUUAAUAAAUCGGAUACGUACAACUAGUUUGUCUAAUGCGUGCCAGCAGGAAUUCAUUUAACGAUGGAAAAGACGUUUUUCAACGUUUUCCGGUUGUUAAUCCAUUUCUUUUUUUACCUAUUUCUUUAUUUCUAUAAAUUAUAAAAUAAGCUGUGAAUGUAAUAUUGAAUAAUUCAGUCGUUUUUAGACAUACCCUUUUCUUUCCCGUUAGUUAAAGAGGCAAUUAAGAGUGUUUAUAAGAGAUGUACGCAUAAGAAUGGAGGAAUAUAUAUACUAAUUAACUCAUCCUCACCAGUUAAUAGAUAUAGGUACAACUAUAUUAAGUUCAAUACGAACUAAAAACAACAAACUGUUACACUUAAUUUAAUUUUUCGAAUAAAGUUAACCAGAAAAAAUACUCGUAUAGAUAAGAAAGAUAUUUGACAAGAGAAAAUAGAUAGAAGUAGUAAAGAGAAGAUUAAGCAGAGAUUUACAUUUCUUCUCACUUUCAUUUAAGGUAAAAAAAAAUCUCUAUUAAUCAUUUUCUUUCUUUCUCUUAUUUAUAUGAGUUAACUAUUGUUUUCUGUUAUAUUUUACUGUAUUUUUC